CACAACAAGCGCCAGACAAUCCCCACACCUGGCGCGAGUAGGACCCGGUAACAAGUCGCGCGCUCGUUCCCUUCAUUGAACGCUGGUGUGGCCGACGGACUUCGUUCUGACGUUGUUCUUUAGCAUGGUGGUUCUUGGCUCGGAGUAAAUCGGGACCGAAGACCAACUGACAAAGCUUGGAUAAAUAUACUGUUUAUAUAUAUAUAUAUCUUUCGAAGCAUUAUUUGAUGGAGUGUAGGCAUGGUCGUCACCUGUAGGAAGUGACUGCGGCGCGGUCGCGUCCCUGCCUCUCGUAGCUGCAAGUGUCAGGUGCGGCGCCAUGACCGUCGUGGCACCCGUGCCUCGCCCCAACUCUCUGCUGCCGCGGGCUCCAGCACCCUGGCGCCCUGCGGCCGCUGCUGCCCUCGGCCUGCCUGCGGCAGUGCAGAGCCUCCUGCAGCAGCUGGGCGGAACAUUCCACACGUACCACCCCUUCCGCCGCGCCCGGAGGGAGAGCGACGAUGAGGCCAACAUUCCCCGCGACCCCGCGCCCCUUCUGCUGCUCUGCCGGCAGGCGCUCAUCUCCUCCUUCGGGCUGCGGAAGCUACGGCGGCUCUUGCUGUGGGCUGGGGCGCCGCGCGCCGUGUCGAGGAUCCUGUCGACGAUCGGCGCCGGCGAGUGCGAGGCCCUGGGGGCGGCGCCCCUGACCGACGUGUUCGCGCAGCCCUUCUUCCACAGGGCCAUCACGUGGCGCGUGACGUGCUGCCUGGACCGCCAGCCCUACCUCACCACCUACGCCGCCACCAACGCCAUCCACGGCUACUGCGUCCCCUGGG